AGAGGAGGUAAGGGGAUACGUAAAUCUAGACGCCAUAAGCUAAACCUCUCCUCUCCCAUUCCAAAACGAAAGCGAAAAGAAUUUUAUAAAUAUCAAACAAACAUAAAUAUCUCCUUUUAAGUUUCCUUUCCUCUCUUUGCUCACUCGCUCCUUUCUCUCCCGCACCAAACCGAUAUAGUUUUGGGUUCUCUUCAUAUGUCCGAUCCCCCCUAAACAGCUAGGGUUUCGCGUUUCUGGAUUCUCGAUCGAAUUUUACCAGCUCAGGUUGCUCGCGCUGUGAUUAUCAAGGAUUGGUUCUGCAGUAAUACAUAGGCGAAGACUGAGGAAUUUUUGAUUCUGGGAGAGGCUUGGAUUUUUUGUUUUCUUUCUUCAGUUGUUAGGGUUAGGUUUGCUCAAUUUGAUAUUCGUAAGCAAUUAUGACAAACAGAUGGGCUGAUUCUGUUGGUAGCUCUGUAUCUGACAACAAUUCUGGCCCACGUACUGGUCGUGCUGCCUAUGUUCCACCCCACCUUCGCAACAGACCACCGUCAGCUGAUCCUGCAGCUCAGCCUUCUGCUGCACCAGCACCAGCUAAUGACCGUGUAGGUUAUGGUGGACCACCCCGCUGGGCUGGGGGUGCUAGACCCGAUCCGGGUAGAGGAGGAUCAGGGUAUGGCGGCAGAAAUGCAGGUGGUUGGAAUAGUAACACGGGUGGUUGGGAACGCGGCAGAGACCGUGAGGUGAAUCCAUUUGGUGAAGAAGAAGAAGAUGCGGAGUGUGCAUCCAGUGGACAAGAGACAACAGGAAUUAACUUUGAUGCAUAUGAAGAUAUACCUGUGGAGGCAAGUGGAGAUAAUGUACCUCCUCCUGUAAAUACCUUUGCAGAGAUAGACUUGGGUGAGGCUGUAAAUGCAAACAUAAGAAAAUGCAAGUAUGUGAGGCCAACACCAGUUCAGCGUCAUGCAAUCCCCAUAUUGCUUGCUGGGCGUGACUUGAUGGCCUGUGCUCAGACUGGUUCCGGAAAGACUGCUGCCUUUUGCUUCCCAAUCAUCAAUGGGAUAAUGCGUGACAAUUUUCCACAGAGACCACGUGCUCCUAGAACUGCUUUCCCGCUGGCUCUUAUCCUCUCACCUACCAGAGAACUCUCUUCUCAGAUACAUGAUGAAGCCAGGAAGUUUGCUUAUCAAACUGGUGUGAGAGUUGUUGUUGCUUAUGGUGGGGCGCCAAUUUCGCAACAGUUGAGAGAACUUGAAAGAGGAGUUGAUAUUCUUGUAGCAACUCCUGGAAGAUUGGUAGACUUGCUUGAGAGGGCCAGGGUGUCCUUGCAAAUGAUCAAAUACUUGGCACUUGAUGAGGCUGAUAGAAUGCUGGAUAUGGGUUUUGAGCCUCAGAUCAGAAAGAUCGUGGAACAAGUGGACAUGCCCCCAUCCGGGAGGAGACAGACAAUGCUUUUCAGUGCCACUUUUCCUAAAGAAAUACAGAGACUUGCAUCAGACUUUCUGGCAAAUUACAUAUUCCUGGCUGUUGGAAGGGUUGGGUCUAGUACUGAUUUGAUUCUCCAAAGAGUUGAGUAUGUUCAAGAUGCUGACAAGAGAAGCCAUCUUAUGGAUCUUCUUCAUGCGCAGAAACAAAGUGAAGCUAAUGGCAAGAACAUUUUAAGGAAGGGAUGGAGUAAUAUAAAUCAUGAAGUUCCUCCCAGCCUGCUGAUCUUUGAGCAUGUGUUUAUAGUGGCUUUUUUGUUUUGGUGUCUUCAGCAAUCCUUGACAUUAGUGUUUGUGGAGACUAAGAAGGGAGCUGAUUCCUUGGAGUACUGGUUGUGCCAGAAUGGCUUCCCUGCUACAACAAUUCAUGGUGAUAGAACUCAGCAGGAAAGAGAACUUGCACUGAGGUCAUUCAAGAGUGGAAGGACGCCGAUCCUAGUGGCAACCGAUGUGGCAGCUCGUGGCCUCGACAUACCACACGUGGCUCAUGUGGUCAACUUCGACCUCCCCAACGACAUUGAUGAUUACGUCCACAGAAUAGGCCGUACCGGAAGAGCUGGGAAAUCUGGCCUGGCCACGGCUUUCUUCAACGACCACAACAUCUCGUUGGCGAGAUCCCUGGUCGAGUUGAUGCAAGAAGCCAACCAAGAAGUUCCCAACUGGCUCGUCAGAUACGCUUCGCGGGUCUCUUACGGCGGAGGCAAGAACCGACGAGGUGGAGGAGGGCGGUUUGGAUCUAGGGAUAUCAGGAGGGAAGGAGGGUCCUUCAGCAGGGGUGGUGGUGGUGGUGGAGAUUAUUACGGUGGAGGGAACAGUGGUGGUGGUGGUGGUUAUGGUGGUAUGUCUGGAGGUUACGGCGGCGGCGGAAUGGGUCCUGGUGUCACCAGUGCCUGGGAUUAACCGAUGAUGAAAGAAGAAUAUCCUUGAGGUGGCCGUGAUUGUUGUUUGAGGAAGUACAUGGGACCUUACAUGUCCUCGAGCUUGGCGUUUCUCAAGUAUGAAAAAGAAAUUUCUGGGUCUCUUUUGUAGUAGUGGCCUUUAUUAGGGUUCUCUAACAAUGGACGAGUUGUGUAUUUUUGAAGUGUUUGUUAUUUUUUGGGAGUUGAACAGGGUGGGUUUCCAUUAGUCUUAUGAUGAUAUUCCCCCCGACUGGAACUGAAUUUGUGCCUGUUAGUUUGGUGUAGUGUUGAACCAAACUACUAUAUGGAACGGAAAUUGUUAGCCCACUUCACCAAAGAUCUUCUCUCACACCUUUUUUUUUUUUUUUUUUUUUUGGAGAGCUUCAUUACAAUUUUGACCGUGGGAUGGAUGUACACCCUUCCAUGUAUCUUUUUGUUACUUAUCUCCAUAAUCUCCCAUGUAUAUAUGUUCUUCAUUUUAUUUGUCAUUCCUUGACUUCUCUUUUCAUGUGC